AUGUCUGACACUGUUUACCCUGAAGUCCUCUGGGCCCAGCGAUCCUCCGUCGCCGACGCCUCCAAGAACUUCAUCUACCUCACCAUCUCUGUCCCUGAUGUGCCCAAGGACAGCCUUACUCUCGACCUUCAGCCUACCAAGCUCACCUUCACCGGCACCUCAUCCACUCUCAAGAAGAAGUACCAUGUCGAGCUCGAGUUCUGGGGCGAGAUCGACCCCGCUGAGAGCAAGAUCAACCACACUGCCAAGAAUGUUGAGAUAAAGCUGCAAAAGAAGGAGCUCAAGGAGGAGUACUGGCCCAGAUUGCUCAAGGACUCCAAGCGCGUCCACUUCCUCAAGACCGACUUCGACAAGUGGGUUGAUGAGGAUGAGCAGAACGAGGCCCCUGAGGACGACUUCUCCCAGUUCGGUGGCAUGGGCGGCAUGCCUGGUAUGGGAGACAUGGGUGGUGACUUUGGCGGUAUUGACUUCUCCAAGUUGGGAGGUGGCGGUGCUGGCUUCCCUGGUGCCGAGGGCGCUGGUGAUGAGCUCGACGAAGAGGAUGACGAUGACGACAUGCCCGCCCUCGAGGGCGACGACAAGAAGGAGGCCGCCCCUGCCGCUGCCCCCGCUGCCACCGAGAAGAAGGAUUAA